UUGAUUGCUAUGCAACACCAAGUCGAUGCCCCUCAUUCAGGCCAUGCCCACGCCCACGCCGACACCGACGACCACACCCAAUCACCCUACGCCCAGGCCACACCCAGUCGCCAGUCGCCCAGCCCAGCAGGAACAUCAUGAUCAUCACAGUCCAAUAUUCAAGACCUACGCCAAGUCGAUGCCUGUGACGCCUAUACAACCGCAGUCGCCGAUGGAAGAGACGCCCUCCUACGAGCUCUACGAACGCCACGCCCGCUCCGAUGCCACAUUCCACUUCGACGACGAUGUAGAUGUGGAUGAUGAUGACGACGAUGAUGAUUUGGAGGAUACCUCAUCGCUGGCCAUGAUCACACCGCCGCCACCCUACGACACCCCUUACCUACUAUCGCGAAGAACCUGCAACAGUGCGUCGGCGGCGGCGGCUCUAUCGCCACCAGUGCCGCCGCCUCGCAGAUUCCGCUUCGGCAACCGGGAGUUCUUCAGCAUGAGUCCGGGUGGUGGUGGCAGUGCCACGCCCACAUCCACAUCCAAAGGCAGCGCCAUAACACCCACAAAACUGAGCGCCGCUGCGGCGGCCAUGUUCGCCACACCACAAAUGGCCCAACUGAACCGAAAGUGGGCGCAUCUGCAGCGGAAGCGACGGCGGCGGAACAGCAGCUCCGGCGACUCCAAGGAGCUCGACAAACUGGUGCUGCAAUCGGUCGACUGGGAUGAGAAUGAGAUGUAUUAGUUAUGUAGAUAUGUGUGUCUGUAGCUUAAGAGUGCUGCAGAUUUUGGCAGGAGCUGGGUGAGUGGAGAUAAGUCCACAUACAAGAAACAGAUACGAUCUCCAACAGGGUCUAGGGCUGAGGCUGAAACUAUUGCUAUUAUGUAUGGAUACACAUCCAUCCCCCUUCUCCACUUAUCUGCGCUCCACUUAUAGCUUGCAUUUUUCCCGAAAUGAAUACACAAACAUUUGCGAUAGAAGCUGAAUGGGGAUAGCCGGAGAAAUUAUACACGAAAUUUAUAGUUAUAUAUACAUACAGCCUACAUAUACCCAGGCCUGCAUAACAUACGUAUAUAAACCAUGUACUCGAAUGAAUAUAAAUAUAGUUCGAGGUUCGAGGAAGGGGCUAAGCUAAGUUAGAGCCAGCUGCAAACGAAACGAGAUAUUGUUAAUUAACAUUCAUUGAGAACACAUUGAGAAGAGAGAAAGGAGUCAACAGCAUGUACAUAUUAAUCUUAGAGUUCAAGUUGAAAGACGUAAACGUAGUUUAAGGCAGAACCUUAUUUGAUUGGAGGAGGGAGUAUACGUUAUACACACACGUUUUUUGCAUUUAAACCCCCAGACAAAAUGGAAAAAAUAGAAUAAAUUUACAAAAGAGAGAAGAGAAAACAAAACAAAAGGAAACGCUUAUUACUGAUUUGUAUAAAAACAAAACGAAACACAAAAGAAGUUCUCGUAAAAUACCAAAAUAGUAGGGCAAAAAAAUUAGUCUUUAAGGGCAGCAUUCGAUUCACAAUUCGAGAAACAGAUCCUCCACUGCUCCGAAAAUGGAACUGCCAACCGCAACAGGAAAUAUGCUCCAAAAAUAUAUUCUCACACACCAAAUCAGACGAAAACUCACACAGAAUCUAUUAACGAGUGCAUUUUCUAAGGUCAAUUUUAGUUGCAGAGCCUUAAGCUUCUUUUUACAAUUUCAAAAUCUGCUUCAACAAAUCUGCUAUGGAAAUGUGUAAAUUGUGUACAGGACUCUAUACGAUAGCCGAUCCAAGGAUCCGGGCAAACUGUACAGAUAUAUGUGCCAUAAAUAGGGGACGGGCCAGCUUUGAGUUCAGUUGUUAUAGUUUGCAUUGCAUUUAGGAUGGUACUUUACCGGGGACAGAACGAACAGAGCUCUCUCUUAAUAAAUAUGAUAAGUAUGAGUAUGAGAAGGGCGUAGAAGGGUAAAGGUUAAGGUAAACACACAUUUAUUCCGUGUGAAGUGAUCGAUCAAAAUUUAGUGAAAGCAUUAACUAAACUUUAGCCUAGCCACAUAGGGUUUGUAUUAUAGAUUAGGCCAGCGGAUGGAGAACUUUUGAAGAUAUUUGCACUAGGGGCAUUGCUAAUGUUGUUCUCAUAAUAGAGUAUAUAUACACACACACACACAAUACACAUUAUAUAGGUUAAGCUAACCGACAUUUAAAUAUUUUGUAUGAAAGAACCUUAACAGAACCUUAACAUCCGAUUAAAUUCAAAAACAAAAUAUUGUAUGGAACACUCGAGGCAUUGCAAGUUGCGAGACUCUCUGCACGAGAAAAAAGCGUAGAAAUAUCUAAAUCAAAGCAAAGUUUGUAAGAACAAUUAACAAAUUGUAGAGUAAACAAUAAAUAAACAAACACACACUCAACGAUCAUGUAUGUACUAUAUAUAGAAGUGUAUGGAGUGGAGUAGCAAUUUAAAUGCUUUUAUAUGCAAUUUUACUUUUUGACAAAACGUAUACAAGUAGGAAAGAAACAGAAUCAGAAUGAAACGACUCGAAAAGAAAUUACAUACGAAUGCAAUACAUUUAGACAGCCAAAGACACACAAUUCAUUAUUCUAAUCUAAUUUUAAAUAUUUAUAAUUGUUUGUGCUACAUUUUAUUUAGUUUUAGUUGUAAAUACACCGAUUGUACAUGUAUUUUUUAAUGGACUUUCAUUGCACUGAAGCAAAUAUCGUGUUUGUUGCAUUAGCUUUGGUUUAUUUAGUUUGUACUCUUUGUUUUUGUAUUUGUUAUUACAACUCAAGUGUGUGGAGUACUUCGAAAGCAAUAUGAACAACACGUAACAAACAAACAAACAAACAAAAAUAUAUAUAUUAAUGGUACAUUUCAUAGGAAAAAGCAAAUCAAACAAAAGUCAGACACAUAGCAGCAGAGUAGCAGCCGCAGCAGCAGAAGCAAAAGGGGAAUGAACUAGGAACACCCUUAGGCAUACCGUAGGAGUUUGAACUAAUUCUAGAACUACAAUACAUACAUCAACUACUUAUACAAUUGCGUAAUCGAGUAUUAGCUCGGAAUCAGAUCAUUAACUUUUAUACACUUUACCAUUUACAUAUACUAUACAUAAAUAUAUACAACAAGCGAACAGAAUACCGAUUUCAUAAUACAUAGUACACGGCAAGCAGAAUAUGUAGUUAGUUGUACUCGUAAUUUAGAGCCAGGCUGCAAUUGAAAGGUUUUACAGUGACUCAUGCCUACAAACAAACAGAACAAACAAACAACCAGCAACAACAGCACACACAUAAAAAGAUCCAUGAAUAUACCGAUUAUAUAAUUAUACAUUAUGUAUAUACAUAUAUAUACAUAGAUGACCCAUAUACAUACACUUAUUAGAUACUUUAGCAGAGAGAGAUUCUCUAGAGAUGCUUUUAAAAAUACAAACAAAAUCGAAAAUCCCAAAAAAAUGAACAAACAAAAAUAAAUGAAUUAAGCAAAUGAAAAGUAUUUUAUUAAAAGACACGACUCUCUCGAUUACUCGAUGCAAAAGGGGUAGCAGAGUAAAACAGCUAAAGAUAGAACAUACAAUACCCGAUAUAUACAAUUUCUUAAAACUUCUGCAAAACAAACAAAAAAAAACACUCGUGAGAUCAACAAAACUCAGCAACUUUUUAUAGAGGAGCAGCCCAACCAACUGUGGUUCGGAUAAAGAUGAAGAUGAGGAUGAAAAUGAAAAUGAAAAUACUUUAAAGAUACAUUGUAAGCUAAUUGAAAACGACUUUUAACUUUCUCCAAAUAAGACGAAACGAAACGAUUAUUAGCCAUGUAUGCCGACACCCGAAACUGAAAUCAGAUUGUAGCCAGCGCAUUCGUAUUUGCUAUUUGGCAAUUAAUAAUAAAGAAAAAGAAAAUGAGAAGAACGACACAACCGGCAUUAACAAAUUAGUGACAAAACGCGAGCCCUAGAGAGCGGAAAUAUAACACAUAGGGAGGAAUAGGAAUAGGUAUAGGAACGGAAAACCAAGACACACUCAAGUUCUCAUUUUUCCAUUAAACGAUAUAUAUUCAAGUGCUUCUUACAUAAAAUAAAUAAAUAUAUAUAUACAUAUAUAUAAAUGAUAUAUAUAACAUGAAGAUUACAUGGUAGAAAUUAUUAUUACGGGACGAAAGCGGAAGCGCAAGCGGAAGGCAUUGGCAUUAUGAAUACCUACUAACUAGUUUAAGGCAUUUACUAUACAGAAAGAAACACAACUCUAUUAUGAUUAUUAUGUUUUGUGAGCGAACUUGGAGCGAACUAUUACAGAUUACAGAUAACAGAAUAGAGAGCAGUUCUAGGGUUAAGCCUUAUACUACCUAUGCACGAUGAUUUCCCCCCUCCUGCGGAUGAUCGUGCCGUGUCGUGCCGUAUCAAGCGGGGACACGAAGCGUUUGGUUUUAUAAUUUCUAAGUAGCCAGCUCUCUAUAUGCAGUACAUAUAGGAUAUAUACCAUACACAAACAAACGUAAUCGAUGCAUUUUACUUACUUGAAAAGCCAUCAAUGAAGCAAAUGAAGUUACAGCAAAUUCAUGAUUCAAUUUAUAUAAUUAUGUUAAGAUUUUAUAACGCAACAAGCCUAACGUAUACAUUACCUAUAUGAAUACUAUUAUACGAGACUUUGUAAAUAAUACUUCAAACCAACCAACAAAAAUAAAUAAUCUUUCAUUCGAGCAAAACAAAACAACAAAAAGCCAGGACAAAAACAUCAAAAAUCAUAACGAAACGAAAUGAAUCGAAACCAAGCUAAAUACCGAUUCCAGAAUCGACUUUUUACAGCCUUGGUUCCAACCACAACACACCACAAGACUCACAGUCCCCCAGAAAGGUGCACGAUCCACGAAUAGGAGACGAGUAUGUUAUGCAUUCUUUAGCGGUUACAAAUACGUAAGGAUAAAUUUAAAUUGUUGAAUAUGUAGAGCAAAGCAUAAUUGAAGAUAAAGAAGGAAUAACAAAAUAUUUAACCAACAUAAGUUACAAAAACGCUAUACACAAAACAAACGGUACUUCCAAGCAACUAUAGAGCUAACAGCAAACCAUUUAAACAAUUAAACUGCAAACACUUAAUGAAUGAAGUUGAACGAAAUGAAUUGAAUUCCGCACUCCUGCCACCCUCCCAAAACUAUGGCUCCAAAGUUCACUCUCUCUUCCAUAGUACUCUCCCUCUACCAAUCGGAAAUUCUCCAUUAUUUCGAAUUAAGUUCGAACCAAACGCUUCACAAAACUAAACAAAAACUCCCAACAUGAACACAGCGAACUUUGUGCGGAAUGUGUGCGAAAUCGGUUAAUCAGCAGACAGCAUACACAGAAGACAGCGAGAAGAAGAUCAAGAUCAACAUGAUGAACAUCCGUUAAAUGAAAGACAAGAAGAACAAACAAAAAUUGUUAGUAAAAAGACUGAGCUACAAAAUAUACAAGAACAAAAAAACAAAAACAGAAGAAAUAAAAGCAAACAAAGAACGCUAUCGAUAUCGAUAACGAAAGCGAGAUGAAAGCUAAAACAAAAGCUAAUUAAUGAAUACUAUUGAUUUAUUGAGGAGUUUAUUAAUUAAUGUGCAUUUCUGUGAAAACGGUUUUCUAACUAGACGCUUGACUAGAAUUCCAUUUCCUUCGGUUCAAUAUGAUUUGGCCAAUCGAGAGAAGUUCCUAGCAAACGGAGGCAGCCAGCCCAAAAAUAUCAAUCAGUAAGUGAAUCAAUCAAUCAAUCGAUCAGAUCAGAUCAAAACCAGAAAAGGAACUUCUGCCCAUCAUUGUUAGUCCAGGCCAUAAUGAUUGCUUUUGGCAAACUCAUUCAUUAUCUGCUGAUGUGGGUCAUUAAAUACGUAAAUUGAGAACUUUUGUUUCCGUUUGGAAUUCGAGAUUGUAUUGAGAUUGAGGUGCUUUCUAUUCUUUGGUCACUGCCACAGCAUAAUCGAGAUUAAAAUACCUAGAACAUAUAUAUACACCAAUAUAUAUAGUAUAUAUAUACAUAUAUAGAACACGUAUGUAUGCAUACACUUGCUUUUAGCUUUCCUAGAACUCUGAUUUCCAUACUUGAACGUACAGUAAGCUGCGAGUCAUAGGAAUUAGUCUCAGACACGAAAUAAUCAAACUCAAGGCGCUAAAAGAAUGCGAUUCGAUUCGACCCGAUUCGAUUCGAUUUGAUGAAAGAUUUUCAAUUAAUUCCACUCCAAAACACUACAGAACAGAACUAAACGAAUCGAAUCGAAAAUACAUUAAACUUUAUAACAUUAAAUUCCGAAGCAAAGCAACAAACAAAUUGAACACAUGCAAAAGCUGAAAGAGAAGCUGAUUAAUGAAAAACAACAACCACAUAUUAUUAAUGAUUAUUAUAUUGUAUUAUUAUAACUGAAAAUAUUUAGAUGAAAUGACAUAAUGAUUCUUAAUUAUAACACACAUUAUUAUAGAUACAUACUGAACAAACCGAU